AUGACUUCGAAAUUUCAGCUUGCUAAGCCAUCACUGUACAACCCAAUGCUGGUUGAGCAGGUGAAAUUUCGAAGUCACUGUCACCACGUUGACAAAAUUCCCAUUGGUUCUUUCUGGUCACGUGCUGGUGAAUGGUGCGUUCCGAUUGGUGCGUUUCUCUCCGUUCACAAUAUCCAAGCCGAAGCCAUUGAGAAGGCUGAACGUUUUCUAUAUAAGUGGAUGUUGUCUAGUCAGGAAAUAAUGAAGUACUACACAUUUUUUGUGACAAUUUUUCUCUUUGCUACUACAUUAUGUUCUACUAUUCCUAAACCAAAAGACAGAACCAUUGACAAGAAAUUGAGUGAUAUAGAUCAUGAGACCAAUGGUGUCCACAAUCCCGAUUACGACCAUGAAGCAAUCUUGGGAAAAGACGAUGCUAAAGAUUUUGACCAACUUUCACCAGAACAAAGCAAAGAGAAAUUAGGAAAAAUUGUUGACAAAAUGGAUAAAGAUCGCGAUGGUUAUGUUACUGAAGAGGAACUGAAAAAUUGGAUUAAAUAUGUCCAGGAUAAAUACAUCAUCAAUGAUUCAAAUGAACGCUGGAAAGAAUAUGAAUUUCAAGACACAGAUAAACUGGACUGGGAAACAUUUAAAAAGAAAACUUAUGGAUUCACAGAAGAAGAUAUUAAACCAACUGAUGAGAAAGCUGUUUACAAAGAAAUGAUCACUCGUGAUAAGAGGCGGUGGACCUAUGCUGACUUGGAUAAAGAUAACCACUUAACUAAAACUGAAUUCAUGCACUUCCUCCAUCCAGAAGAAGCUGAGCACAUGAGAGACAUUGUUGUUUUGGAAACCCUCGAAGACAUAGACAAAGAUAAAGAUGGAAAAGUCAGUCUUGAAGAAUACAUAACUGAUAUAUACGGAAAUGAAGACGAAGAUGAUGAGGAUGAAGAUGACCCAGAUUGGGUAAACGAGGAAAAGGAGCAGUUCCACAAUUUCCGUGAUAAAAACAAAGAUGGCUUCUUGGACAAAGCCGAGGUGACAGAAUGGUUAAUUCCUGAGGAGUUUAAUCACCUUGAUACUGAAGUAAAUCACCUUGUGAGAACGUCUGAUGUGGAUCAGGAUGGUAAAUUAUCCAAAAACGAGAUCCUGGACAAAUACGAUCUCUUUGUUGGUAGCCAAGCUACUGAUUUUGGUGAAGCUUUGAAGUCACAUGAUGAGUUUUAAACAGAAUCUCUCAAUUAGAAUCGUGUGUGAGAAAGAAGAGGAGGAGGAGGAGGAGAAGAGAAAAAUCAAAUCAAAAAAGAGAGCCUCUAAGUCAUCAAUAUUUUAAUUAAAAAAAAAUUUUUUUUUUUGACUUUCCUCUCUGAUAACAUGAAGAUGCUGACAUAUACUGGACUUAAGCUGUGGUCACAGAUUUCUGUUGAUGGCAAUUGAAUGGUUUGUUUUUGUUUUUUUUGUUUCUAAGUAACUGGUGCUGUACCUUAUCUCAUCUGGUUUUCACAUCUACAGUGUAAUUGCACAUCAAAUUAUUAUUACUGAGAAUGACAGAGUUGGUAGAGUAGCAAAUAAUAAUAAUAAUAAUUAUUAUUAUUAUUUUGAAUAUUGUAUAGUGGUGCAUUGGCAGAAUCAUUGGUAUGCCAGACGAAAUGCUUAGUGGUGUUUCUUCCGUGUUUUAUGAUCCAAGUUCAAAUUCCACCAAGGUUGACCCUGCCUUUCUUCCUUUCGGAGUCGAUAAAACAAAAUACCAGUCAAGUACUGGGGUCGAUGUAAUUGACGGCCCCAUUUCCCACAAAAAUUUCAGGCCUUGUGCCUAUUGUAGAAAAGAUUAUUUUGAAUAUUGUGCCAAUAUUAGAAUACAUUAUUAUUUUAAUUAUAUUGGUAUGAAUGGCAGAAUUGAUUGAAUGUAGAAAACAAAAUGCCCUGUGGCAUUCAGUUACAUUCUCAAUUCAAACCCGGCCAAGGUCAACUUUACUUUCCAUCCUCAAGGUGUUAACAAAAUUAAUACCAGCCUAGUAACUGGGGUCAAUAUAACCAACUGUUGCACUUUCCCCUAAAAUACAUGGCUUCGUGUCUAAGUUACCAAGUUAUUUCCUACUGCCAACUCGUGUCCUACAGUAUAAGUCUGUGAUCAUGUGAACUAGCUAAGUUCUGCCCCUUAGGUAUUUUUUUUUUUUUAUGUAUUUCAAUUUUCUUGCUUUUACUUUAUGGAGUAUCCAUCAGUAAUGCUUCAUUGUAAAUUAGCUGGGAAAACUGAUAAUUUUAGAUUUAGUUUUGAAGCUAUCUUGCAGUUUUAUUCUCUCAGCUUAAUCUAGUUUAUAUAUAUAUUCAAUAUAUAUAUAUAUAUAUAUAUAUAUAUAUAUAUGUAUGUGUGUAUAUAUACAGGGUGUGGAUGGUAUUUGAGGACAUUUAUGGUUUUAAAAAAAGGCUUAUACAAUAACAGGGAAAAAAAAAAAGAUUUUUUAAAAUAACAAGCAUAAAGCUAAAUUAUCAAUUUACUAAUUUCAUUCAAUAAACCCACCAUAAGCUUCAACAACUACCUCUACGUGGGGUCGAAAUCGUUUACAAGCUUUUACAUGGUCCUUGAUAAUAUCAGACAUGACUUGAACUAUGGUGACUUUCAAAGAACCUUUGGUGUUGUGGGGGUGUUCACUGGUAUUUUUCACAACGAUGCUUUAUACAUAGUACACCAGUGGACUGAGAUCUGGGGAAUUCGGAGGCCAAUUGUUGGGGGUGAUGUGAUCAUGCAAAUUGUCGGGCACCAUACUUGUCAUUUGAGCCUUGUGUGAUGGUGCAGAAUUUUGUUGAAAGACAUAAGGUCUCCCAUUGCGUACACUGUUGAUCUAAGGCUUAAGAACUUUAUCCAGAACCUCAAUAUAUGCAGUAGCAUUCACCCUGAGGCCUUGUGGUAAAAAGUGAAGACACAUCACCUGUCCUUCGUUGCUAACAACACCCAAAACCAUGACACUUGCAGAAAAUUUUGUGUGCGUCACACUUGGAAACUCAGAAGGGUCUACACAUAGCCAACUGUGAUUUGUUUCCGGUCCUGGUCAAAGUUUUUCUCAUCUCAGGAAAACCAAAUCACACCAUCUUCUGAUGGAUUUUUAAGUUUGUUCGAAAGUCUUUGGGAUCUGAUUAAACAAUUUCCUUUUGCUUUUUCUGACAUGAAUUGACCUCUCCUCAUCAUGGAAGAUUUGUAUCUGAUAUCUUCAUGUACAACAUUUCUGAGUGUUUUCUUCUGACACACAAAAUUGUUUAACAAUUGACCUCAUUGAAUUUCCAGGAUUGUCUUCAAUGUUUUGCUUAACUUCCUGAAUAAAUUCAGGUUUCCUGAUAGAAUCACAGCAUUCGGAAUGCUUUUUUUUACAUUUUGAUACAGGCAAUACUCUUCCUUCUCUAACUCAGGCUGAAUCUUGUGGACAAAAAGAUCUAGCAACUUUCAGAAAAUGAGAAAUUUCUAAAUCACUAUGCUUAGCCUUCAAAGCCAGUUCAUUUGUAAGCAUUGGACCUAUCGUUAUUAUUUUCUGAAAUAGAAGUGCAAUAAAAAUUAGUCAAAUAAAAAUAAUGCCUAAAAAUACACGUCCUCAAAUACCAUCUGCACCCUGUAUAUGUAUAUAUAUAUGUAUAUAUAUACAUAUGUCUGUAUGUAUGUAUAUAUAUAUUGAAUAUAUUAUAUAUGCUUUUAUUUUUGAGUUAUUAGGUUGUCUCCAAAAUAUUUUAAUUUCUCAUAUAUAUCUAGAAAAGAAAAAACAAACUUAUUUGUGGAUAACCUGUUCUUUUUAUUAUUUGCUAUUUAUUAUUUCUACUAUAUAGUUUAAAAGCAAAAAUUGGUAAAGGUUUUUAGACCUCAGAUUGAAAUAGCUUUUGCUAUGUAUUUUUUAUUUCCUAUUGCAUUUUCAUUUUCUCAAAUUCCAAAAAAAAAAAAAAACUUUUUUUAAAAAAAAAUCUCCUUUUAAUCCUGAUCAUAGAAUGUAGUAUUUGCAUGAACAAAAAAAAAAGUAUGUCAGACAUUUAUUCUCCUAUGCAGCCAUUUAUCAUUUGUGUGUCUUGUGGACAUAUAUCUAUAUUUAGAAAUAUCUUUUGGCUCUACUUGAAAAAUCUGCAAGCUUCAUGACUGAUUCAGUGUUGAGGAAAAAAAUCUAAGUAUUACAAGGGUUUCGGGGAGGGGGGACGGGAAAGAAAUUUGUCAAAAAGCUUUUUUUUAUGCAUCCUUCGCUAUCAUCACCCACCACCACAAGCAUUUAAUGUUCUUAAAUUGUGUGUGUGUUCUUGUUUAGUGCCAAGUCAGUAAGCCCAAGUAUGGAUCAAAGGCAUUCCUGCCAUGACCAUUCAGUCUGAUUCUUUUUCUUGUUCCUCCCUUAUUUUAGGACUGCAUUAUUUGAUGCGUCCUCUAUUUAAAAAUGAUAGGGUGGUGUGGAUUUGGCUGCAUGCCAAGCAAGUUACAUCCCGAUUCCACUCAUCUACUUGUCUGUGUUUUGUAUUUCAACGGGUCCGAAAAUCACAGCUGUUUUAUCUCCCUCAUCUCAACAGCUUAUUUGAGGGCAGAAUUGUUAAUGACGUCUAUUGUUAAAUACUUGUCUUCUUUCUGCGUUUAUUAUUAUAAACACUAAUUACCCACCGACAUUAACCAUUCAUCACACUACUUCCCCUCCACUUUGACUUUUAUUUUCUGUUUAUAUAUAUAUAUAUAUAUAUAUAUAUAUAUAUAUAUAUAUAUAUAUAUAUAUAUAUAUAUAUGCAUAUGUAUGUAUGUAAAAGUAAUGUUAGGCUUUUUCUUACACAACAAAAAAGAAAUAAAAUUUUUUAAAAAUUAUUUAAAAAAGAAUUUAUUUUAUUUUCUUUUACAACUUUUUUUUUCAAAGUUACACUUUCCUGUUUAAGGUUGAAAAUAAAGUAGAUUUUUUUAAUUAAAAAAAAAAAACAAAUUUGUCAUA